GUGUGCAGCAGUGUGCAACGAUGGUGCAGUAUUCCCGUUUGCUGAACGUACAGGCCCGCAAGGUUGCCCGGUACGCCGUUGAUGUGCAGCAGCGCCAGUUCCAUGCGUCGUGUGCCGCCGCAUCCAAGGUCGCCCUGUCCAAGUUCGACCAGAAUGUGUACCUACCCUACGAGAAGCUGCAGAAGAACCUGGAGGUGGUGAAGAAGCGCCUGGGACGUCCGCUAACCCUCAGCGAGAAGGUGCUGUACUCGCAUCUGGAUGAUCCGGCCAACCAGGACAUUCAGCGCGGUGUUUCGUACCUGCGUCUGCGACCGGAUCGUGUCGCGAUGCAGGAUGCAACCGCCCAGAUGGCCAUGCUGCAGUUCAUCUCGUCUGGACUGAAGCGAGUUGCCGUCCCGUCGACCAUCCAUUGCGAUCAUUUGAUUGAGGCUCAGAUCGGUGGCGAAAAGGAUUUGGCCCGUGCGAAGGACAUCAACGCGGAAGUGUACAAGUUCCUGUCGACGGCCGGUGCUAAGUAUGGCGUUGGCUUCUGGAAGCCAGGCUCCGGUAUCAUUCAUCAGAUCAUUCUGGAGAACUACGCGUUCCCGGGUCUGCUUAUGAUCGGUACGGAUUCGCACACGCCGAACGGUGGUGGUCUGGGUGGACUUUGCAUUGGCGUAGGUGGUGCUGACGCCGUCGACGUGAUGGCCAACAUCCCGUGGGAGUUGAAGUGCCCGAACGUGAUCGGUGUGCAUUUGACUGGCAAGAUUAGCGGCUGGACUUCGCCGAAGGAUGUUAUUCUGAAGGUGGCCGAUAUUCUGACGGUGAAGGGUGGUACUGGUGCGAUCGUGGAGUACAUGGGCAAGGGUGUGGAUUCGAUCUCGUGUACCGGCAUGGCUACGAUCUGUAACAUGGGUGCGGAAAUCGGUGCCACCACGUCGGUCUUCCCCUUCAACAAGCGUAUGGCGGAUUAUCUGGCAUCGACCGGACGUUCGGCGAUUGCUGCUGAGGCAGGCAAGUAUCAGACCAGCGUGCUGACCGCUGAUUCGGGCGCUAAGUAUGAUCAGGUCAUCGAGAUCAACCUGGACAAGCUGGAACCGCAUAUCAACGGACCGUUCACUCCGGAUCUGGCUCACCCGAUUAGCAAGCUGGGAGCGAACGCAAAGAAGAACGGAUACCCGAUGGACAUCCGCGUUGGUUUGAUUGGUUCGUGCACGAACUCGUCGUACGAGGAUAUGGGCCGUUGUGCUUCGAUUGCGAAGAACGCCAUGAAGCACGGACUGAAGUCGAAGAUUCCAUUCAACGUGACGCCCGGAUCGGAACAGAUCCGUGCAACAAUCGAGCGAGAUGGUAUUGCGAAAACGUUCAAGGAUUUCGGUGGUACCGUGCUGGCCAACGCUUGCGGACCGUGUAUCGGUCAGUGGGACCGUAAAGAUGUGAAGAAAGGCGAGAAGAACACGAUCGUCACGUCGUACAAUCGUAACUUCACCGGUCGUAAUGAUGCUAACCCGGCUACGCACUGCUUCGUCACGAGCCCUGAACUGGUGACGGCUCUGUCGAUUGCCGGCACACUGAACUUCAACCCCCUGACCGACGAACUGACCGGUGCCGAUGGCAAGAAGUUCAAGCUGGACUCGCCGUACGGUGAUGAGCUCCCGCAGAAGGGAUUCGACCCCGGCAUGGACACUUACGAAGCACCCCCAUCGGAUGGCUCUAGCGUGAAGGUCGAUGUUGAUCCCAAGAGCCAGCGUCUCCAGCUGCUUGAACCGUUCGAUGUUUGGAACGGUAAGGAUAUGACCGAAAUGACUGUGCUGAUUAAGGUUAAGGGUAAGUGUACGACCGAUCACAUCUCGGCUGCUGGUCCGUGGCUGAAGUACCGUGGCCAUUUGGAUAACAUCUCCAACAACAUGUUCAUUGGUGCCACCAAUAUCGAAAACAACGAAAUGAACAAGAUAAAGAACCAGGUGACGGGCGAAUGGGCCGGUGUACCCGAUGUGGCGCGUUUCUACAAGGCCAAGGGUAUCAAUUGGGUUGCCGUUGGUGACGAAAACUACGGCGAGGGUUCGUCUCGCGAACAUGCCGCCCUGGAACCACGUCAUCUGGGAGGCCGUGCCAUCAUUACCAAAUCUUUCGCCCGUAUCCACGAAACGAACCUCAAGAAGCAGGGUCUGCUCCCACUCACCUUCGCUAACCCAGCCGAUUACGAUAAGGUCCAGCCGCACUCGAAGAUCUCGAUCCUUGGUCUGAACAACUUCGCCCCGGGCAAACAGCUGGACUGUGAGAUCAAGACCGACGGUAAGGUGGACAAGAUUAAGCUGAAUCACUCGUUCAACGAGCAGCAGAUCGAAUGGUUCAAGGCGGGCAGUGCCCUGAACCGCAUGAAGCAGAUCGCGGCCAACAAGUAAGGUGUAACGUGAGAAGACUUCCCCUUUGUCUUUCCCACCCACUUCUCAUCUACUCUCCUUACAACUGAUACUACAUCUAUCAGCGGUUUAACAAAGUCGCGAAAACUAUUAUUUGGUUGAAAGGUAUGGUUUGCGUACUGUGAACGUGUCGUUGGCUGGUUCGCAAUCCGUCCCGGAGACCGUUUUUUGUGUGUGAUUGUUUAUGCAUCAAUGAAACGAAUCGUUUAAUCGCGCGCAGCUUCUGUUGCCAGUCAGUGUUGUAAAUAGAGCGCAUAUGAUAUGAUCCCGCCUGCGGGCAUGGAUGCAAUUCGAAAGCCAUACGUGAUCGCGUGAUCACGCGUGAUCGCUGUUUUUUCUUUGCUUGCUACUUACUUUAUCUUGGAUCCGUACUAGUAGAGUAGCGAUAAUUACCUCAGAAGAAAAAAGAAGUUUAGAAACUUUAGCAACAAAUUACCUAAGAACCCGGAUGACGCGUGUCGUCUACACUUAAGAAGGCAAACUUCAUGUAACCGUAGCCGCACUACAAUGAAUGCAAACUUAACGUUUUAGAUGAAAGUGUUUGCGAACUGCGACCGUUAUUAGCGUAUGUAUCUCUUAAACUAACUAGACAUGAAGAAGGAAAAUAAAAUGCCUCCGUUUUA